AAAUGUUGAAUUUUAAAGGUAUUGAAAUAAUUGCCGUUUUAGGCGUUUUUCUUAUUUUCAGCAAUAGGAUUGCAAGGGCGGCUGCAAAGAACUCCUAUGCAGCCUCAUCAGAGGAACUGAUGAAGCUAUUGAAGGUUGAGGAUAAACUGGUCGAGAACCUAAAUGGUUACGUUGACACACUAAAGAAAAAGCUGAACAUAUUGGAGCAAUCCCUAAAAACUAUGAAUUCCGAACACUACAAAAUGAAGGAUGACUACGAAGCUUACUUGGGAAAUCCAGUGAACAGUUUUCGUCUGAUACAUCGUCUACAUACCGAUUGGGGAAAAUGGCAUCAGUAUGGCUCAAAUAUCCAUGAAUUAGAAAGCAUUGAGAAGGCGCAUCAGAUGCGAAAGAUGCUACCAACCGCGUUGGAUUUAAAACAAGCCUGUCGGGGCAUCGAUGACCUGAUAUCCUUUUAUGAUCUGAAGCCAGAUGAUCUGGCAGCUGGUUUUUUGGCAGGAUACUCGGAUCCAGGAACAGCUCUGUCUGCCCAUGACUGCUUUGCGCUGGGAGAUUUUAGCAUGAACGAUGGAAAGGAUGAUCGUGCGAAGGCCUGGUUAAACGCCUCUUUGAAGCAACUCAAUGAGGAAAAGCUCCCGCACAAAGUAAAUCCUCUUAGAAAAAUGUCUGUCCUCAACACAUGGGCAGUACUCCAAAUGAAGAAUCAAGAACUUGCUCACGAUCACCACCACUUUGGGAAACUACCAAAAAAGGCAGAUAGAAAUUUUCUCUCCAUAUGGAUUUAUGAGGAGAUGAUCACCAAGCAAAAGUGCCGCGCCCAUUACCGUCGGUCCAGUCGACUGCACUGCCGCUACAACAGCACCACGACGGCCUUUACCAGGAUCGCCCCCCUAAAAAUGGAGGAGCUGAGCUCCGAUCCCUACAUGGUGAUUUACCACGAUGUGAUAUACGAAAGUGAAAUCAAUUGGCUGCUAAGCACAAGCGAGUUCACCAUAUCCCAAGUCGGUACUGCGGGUACGAGGUCGGAUAUCCGAUCCGCCAAGGACUCUAAGAUAUCAUUGUCGAAAGGCAGGGUAGUCGGAACCCUUGGCCAACGGGUGACGGACAUGACCGGCCUCAGUAUGGAGAUGAGCGAUGAGUUCUCGCUGAUCAACUACGGCUUGGGUGGUCAGUAUGCAUUGCACACCGACCCUCACGACCACAUGAAUGAGAUUCGAUGGAGAGAUGGGGAUCGCAUAGCCACAGUUUUGUUUUACCUUGGAGAUGUUGAAUCGGGUGGCGACACCAUUUUCCCGUUAAUCGAUAUUUCCGUAACGCCCAAGAAGGGUUCGGCGGUCUUCUGGUACAACCUGCACAACAUCGGCGAUAUGAAUAUUAGGGCCCUGCACUCGGGCUGUCCAGUGAUAGUUGGUUCCAAAUAUGUGCUCACAAAAUGGAUAAACGAGCUGCCGCAAAUGUUUUCCACUCCCUGCAUGAAAAAUGCUGUUUAUUCUGAUGUUUAAAAUCAGUAAACGGAAAGGAAACGAUUAUCAAACCAAACGUAUUCCUUCAUGAUGCAAUUUAUAUGUAAACAAAAUUUAUGAAACAUAGAAAUAAAGCGGAUUCAUUUAAUAUCA